AUCCCCCCACCCGCGUCCAUGGCGCUGAGAACCCUAAACCCGCCCGUCUCCUCGAGGCACAAACCACCGUCCCCCCUCGACUACAUGGCGCUCUUUCAGCUCCCGCGGCGGAGGUCCGAUCGCCUGCCGCCGCUCCCCGCCGUGAAGAACCGCGGCGGUACCCGUAUCGCCGCCGGAAAGGGGGGAUUCAGGUGUCUUGGAGCGGGGGCCGGAGAUGGGGCCAGGAGAGGAGGAGCUCCGAAGGGUGUAGAUUUGGCCACGCUGGGGAAUCUGUGCGUGGAUAUCGUGCUUGGAGUCCCGAGCUUGCCGCCGACGCCGCCCGACGAGCGGCGGGCUUACAUGGAGCAAUUGGCGGCUUCUCCUCCCGAUAAGAAAUAUUGGGAAGCUGGCGGUAACUGCAACUUGGCGAUAGCUGCAGCAAGGCUGGGGCUUCAUGUUGCUACCCUUGGUCAUGUAGGGGAUGAGAUAUAUGGGCAUUUCCUUCUCGAUGUGCUUCAGGAUGAGUGCAUUAGCAUUGUUGGAAUGAAUGAGAAUACAGAAGCUACUGUUCAUAACUCCUUUUAUGAAACACUACUUUGCUGGGUUCUUGUGGAUCCAUUUCAAAAGCAUGGAUUUUGCAGCCGUGCUGACUUUAGUGACGAGCCUGCAUUUAAUUGGAUAAGUAAGCUACCAGGACAAGUUAAGAUGGCUAUUCAGCAAUCAAAGAUCCUUUUCUGCAAUGGUUAUGCAUUUGAUGAACUUUUGCCCAAUGUGAUCAUCUCUGCCCUUAAUUGUGCUAUUGAUGCUGGGACAGCAGUGUUCUUUGAUCCUGGUCCACGUGGAAGAAGCCUUCAUCAUGGCACGCCCGAAGAGCAAAGGGCACUCAAUCUGUUUCUGAGGCUUAGCGAUGUUCUCCUUUUAACUUCAGACGAGGCUGAAUCUUUGACCGGGAUCACAAAUCCAAUUCGGGCAGGUCUAGAAUUGAUCAGAAAAGGAGUGCGCACAAAAUGGGUCAUAAUCAAAAUGGGUUCAAAGGGAUCAAUUCUGAUUACCCAGUCCAUUAUUUCAUGUGCUCCUGCAUUUAAGGUGAAUGUCGUUGACACUGUUGGGUGCGGAGACAGUUUUACAGCUGCUAUAGCUUUUGGUUUCCUUCAUGACCUGCCUGCAGUCAAUAGUUUAGCACUUGCAAAUGCUGUGGGUGCAGCAACUGCUACUGGUUGUGGAGCCGGUCGAAAUGUCGCUCGCUUGGACAAAGUUUUAGAACUUCUGAGGCAAGCAGAUCUCAACGAGAAUGAUGAAUUGUGGAAUGAGUUAAUUGAGGGAAAUUUGGAGACAAAAGAAGUUAGACUUCUUUCCAGAGCAUCUAUAAACGGAUGCAGUGGCUGUCUUGUUCGUUAUCCUAUAUAUAGUGUAGUCUCUGAACUUCUAUCAAAAUUUGAGGGAGUAUAUAAAAGAAGCAUAAUGCAUUCUUGAUACCGAAAAUUGAGUGAACAAAACCCGUUGGAAGAAACUGGUGUUGAUAUAGUCAUUUCUGAUGUUCAGGUUCUAUUUCAAUUUUCUGCCUGUAGGUGUUCUUGAUGACUUGAAGGAGGCCCUGCACAAAGUUGAGUUUCAAGCAAGAGCUAUUAACCUUGCUUGGCUCAAAGAACAUCCAGGUUAUGUUCUAUAGUAUUCGUACUUGUAUUGAUGCUCACUUGAAAACAUUCCUCUCAUCAGUUUGAUCAACAGGAUCACACUAAACCAUUAUAAUGCAUUUUGUUGAAAGCAGUUGAGCAUUAUGGCUUUAUUGUUUAACCUCUCUCUA